AUGUCGUUCCUCAUAGAACACGUCCGCCAGGCCUACAAUGACAAGCAAACCCACGUCGUCAUGUUCUCAGCCACGGCGAUAGCCUUAUAUGGAUAUGACCAGGGAAUGAUGUCGCUGAUUAACACCAACAAGGACUACCUGAAGACCAUGGGCCUUUGGGAAGAAAGCCCCAUGGUCGGCGUCAUCGUCGCAGUAUACUACCUCGGCUGCGCGGUGGGUGCCGUGCUCUUCUCCAAAGUCGCCGACAAAGUCGGCCGCAAGAAGAGCAUCUUCUUCAGCCUGGCGAGCGCCAGUCUGGGAAAUCUGAUCAUGUUCGUGGCGGGCAUGAAGUUCCCGAACCUCGGGCUGGCGCUCAUGCUCGUGGGAAGAGUCAUCAUGGGCCUGGGUGUGGGUGGCAUCGACGCGGUCAUCCCGACGUAUUCGAGUGAAUUGAGCGCCGACGACUCGCGGGGAAAAGCGCUCGCGCAGGAGUUCCAGUCGAACAUCUUCGGGCUCGUCAUGGCGUUUGGCAUCAAUCUGGGCGUGACGAUUGCGCUGGGCAAGUGGAGCCAGUGGGCGUGGCGGACGCCGAUUAUCGUCAUGCAGGUGUAUCCCGUGCUGUUGAUGGCGCUGAUUGGCACGCUGCCGGAGAGCCCGAGGUGGUUCAUCUUCAACGAUAGAGAAGACGAGGCCAAGGAGGCUUUGGAUGAGAUUUAUGGGGAGCAGGCAAAGGAGCAGUUGGAUGAUUUGCUCGAGCAGCAUGAGAAGGAGAAGGAUGAGUCCGUGGGGUAUUGGGAUAUGCUCACGCCUAGUCAUGCGCAGUUUCAUCCUACGAUGGUUACGAUCAUGUGCCAGGUCAAUCAGGCGUUGACGGGAUAUGGAGCUGUGUCGGUUUACGGGCCGCAGAUCUUUGAACUCCUCGGAUUCGACGUCCGCAUGGCCGAAUACCUGACCCUCGGCAACUACACCUCCUACUUCUUCCUCAUGACAUUCGCCUGGAUCCUAAUCGACGUCCUCGGACGCCGACACCUCCUCGUCCAAGGCUCCAUCAUCCUCUCUGCGUGUUUCGGCCUCCUCACCAUCUUCGGCGGGCUCUCUGAAAACGCCUCCAAAAUCGACAUACCCGUGUACGUCUCCGGCAUCAUCGGUACCGUGAUCCUCUUCAUCGCAACCGGCGCCUUUGGUAUCGGCUGGCUCGCAACCGUCUGGCUCAUCCCCACCGAAAUCUUCCCCACCACGUGCCGCGCCCAAGGCACCGCCAUCUCCGUGAUCAUCUGGGGCCUGGCCAACUUUGCAAUCACGUUUCUCACGCCCGUCAUGUUCAACAACUUAUCGUACUUCAUCUUUCUUGUCUUCGCGGGCACGAAUGCGGUUGCGGGUCUGUGGACGUAUUUGUACCUGCCUGAGACUGGUGGGCGCAGCUUCGAGGAAAAUCAGGACUUCUUCAAGGAGGCGGGUGAGGCGGGGACAUGGAGGGUUAGCAAGGUUGCGGGAGGCGAUUGGAUCAAGAUGAAGUAUCCGGACCCGAAGAAUGAUGGCGAGGUUGUGGACGCGGAACGGGUGCCGCUUUUGAGGAGGGUGCAGGAUCAGUUGCCGAGUACGGAGGGUUAG